AUCAUUCGACUACAAUGAACUCUUUGGCAAUUAUUUUGGCUUUCGCCAUGCUUUUGGCAACCGUCGCUGCUGGACCAGGAAACCGUUACGGAUGGCCAAGCUCUUACGAGAGAUUCCUUGAGAGACAAGGAGUUUGGGACUUCAACAGACACGAAGCCCGUGCUGAUUACAGAGGACGCAAGAACUACGAGCGUGACCUCCGUGAUCUUUUCGACGACUGGAAGAGACAAACCCAAUGGGGAGGAAAGGGAUACAGAUCCAACAGAUUCCAACAACCAACUGGAGGAAAUAGCCGUUACGGAUUCAAGGGAUAAACACAAAUUUUGGCGUUUUUUGUUAAUAAUUCUAUCGUUUUUGUCUUAGUUUUACAAAAUCUCAAAUAAAAUUCGUAAUUUUUUGUAA